UUUCUUUAAAAAUAAGCUAAUUUAUUAAGAAUGAAAUCGCUGGUUCCCAAUAAUGAGUUAACACAAGCAUUUAAGCUGAGCAAAUGAUUGUGGGAACCAUCAUUUGUUGACGGAAGCUGCUAAUUGUCAAGUCCAGAAAGACAUAAGAAUCAGCACUGCACAAGAUAGCCAUCCAUGAUGAAUGAAAUCUCUGUGAAUAUUGUGUGCGAGCUCUCAGAGGAUGAGGCACAACAGUUCAACGUGAUCACACAAGACCGCAAUAGUGUCGUGGGCCUCAUAAGAAAAGUGUGCAAGGAAAACAACAUUCUAAUGAAAAAUUCCAUGGCCUUAAAGAAUAAGAAGGGAAAAAUUCUUCAAUGGUCACAGACAUUGUUACACUGUGGUGUAAGGGAUGGGGAUGUAUUGUACCUUACAAAUGAAGAGGAGGUGGGCGUGCGUGGAAGUUGCAGGUGGAACAAUUGGUGGUUUGUAGCCGCUAUCAGUCUGCUGAUAGGUGGGGUAGGGAUCAUUGCUAUCACACUACUCUUCUCAAGAAACGGACAACCCCAGUAUCAGUAUGGGGUGGUUUUGGACGCAGGAUCUACUCACACCAUGCUAUUUGUGUACAAAUGGGAUGCACGCAAGAAAGACAAUACAGCUUUAGCACAGCAGAUAAACAGCAUCCCUGUCGCUGGGGAUGGACUAACCUCAUACCAGGACAAUGCAACGCUGUUGUCGGGUCCAUUGUCGGAUUGCCUGAUAAAGGCCAAGUUGUACGUCCCCUCUGAGUCCAGGGGAGCUACACCAAUAUUUAUGGGAGCUACAGCAGGGAUGAGAAUGCUCAAUGAGGUGUAUCCAAACAAGAGUGACGCCAUUCUGGCUCAGGUUCGGGCCACCAUCAGCGCCAACAGCUCACUGUACUUUCCUGACCCGGCUGCGCAGGCUCGCAUAAUAAGCGGGCAAGAGGAGGGGACGUUUGGGUGGAUUACCACUAACUACUUGUCUGGAAACCUAGGAGUUACACCAGCCAUGAACCUGGCCCUGGGAGACUCAGACUAUGAGGAGACGACCAUCGGGGCCCUAGACAUGGGCGGGGCCUCAACACAGAUCACGUUCUACACACCCGACCACGCCCAGAUUCCAGUGGGAUACCGGGAAGACCUUGACCUCUACGGGAAACCCUACACGGUGUACACGUACAGUUAUCUUUGCUAUGGAAUCAAUGAGGCCAUGCGUCAGUACCAGGCCAUUCUUGUGAAGGACCAGGGUUACAACACAUCAGAAGUACUGAAUCCAUGCGGACCGAAGGGUUACAAUACAACAAUUUCAUACUCGGACAUAUUUGAAGCCCCAUGUGCCAACAAGUUUCUAACAAACUUCAAAUCAUUUCUACCGCUGGAUAAAGAUGAAGCUGUUUCAAACUAUACAUUCCUUGGUACUGGAAAUAUCUCGCAGUGUCAGACGUACGUGCGGCAGCUGUUUAACUUCGAUGCCCAUUGCAUGUAUCCCCAAUGCACUUUCAACGGAACAUAUCAGCCGCCCCUACAUGGCAGAUUUUAUGCAUUUUCGAGUUUCUUCUAUGAGAUGGAUUUCCUGAACCUGACCAACCAGGCCUCCCGUCUUGAAGAAUUCCAAACCAGUCUGGGCGGUCUGUGCAACCUCACCUGGGACCAGGUGAAGGUCAUUCCAACGCGCAAUCAGAGCAUGCUGGGAUGGUACUGCUUCGAGGGCCACUACAUUCACACCCUGCUUAUAGAUGCAUACAAGUUCGACAACAAAACAUGGAGUAAUAUCAAGUUUGUCCAAAAAAUUAACAACACAGAUGUAGGUUGGACCCUUGGCUACAUGUUGAACUCAAGUCUUGUUAUCGAGCCCAAGCGCACUCAAGACUUCAUCUCCGUUACAGCUUUUUCUCUCCUCACAGUGUUAUUUGGAAUAUUUCUGCUUUUAUCUGUCGCGUUUGGUUGUUACGCUAGAAAGUACCAGACAUCAAACACUAUUUAUGACCGUCUUCCGACCUAUGGUGCUGUUUAAGCCUUUUAUUGCAUUGCAUUCUAUGAUUAUUAGCUGCAUCAUGUGAAAAUGGGUCUUAUGCCAUAUGCGGUUAGCGUAGCUACAGAUCAGGCUGAUCAUCAGUGCAGUCUGGUCAGAAGCUACUCUGUUCGGUAAUGAGACAUAAAAUCUUAAGUCAAUUUAUAACCUUUAUAGCUUUAAGGGACUCAUAAGAUCUAUUUUUGCAUGACGCAGCCAAUCUAUCUUCGUGCAUCACAGUGUGGGAACAAAGUCUCUCUUCGCAAAUGACAUUGAAGUGUUGCCUUAAUGAACAAAAGUUAAUCACUUACUUUGUUAGUUUGUAUUUGCAUUGCAUAUUACACUUUUGUACUUAUUUUGUUUGUAAUACAUAGUUCUUAACUGAGUGAUCAGUAUUAUUUAUGUGCUAGCUAGCUGAUAAGCAUUUGGCUAACUUGAGAAUGCUGUCUUGUUUGUUAUUUACAGAACAUAAGUGCUUUGUUGAAUGAUAAGAAUAUGCAAUGUGAUAAUAAGUUUUGUCAUUAUAUGAUAUCUUGUUGUAAUGUUGAAAUAAUUACACACAGUUUUGUGUGUUCCACUGUUAAGAAUAUCACUUAAUUGUGUGUUUCUUUCCAGUAGGAUGUACACGGUAAUUCUAAAAUAUAAGUGCAGCGGUAUGAUUUAUGAACAACCUCAGUGGAGGGCAAUGCCCUUACAAGUUUCUUUAUUUGUAUAGAAAUCUAGCAAAGUUAAUAACUAUUUGAAAAAUAGGUUUGACGUUGAAAGGGAGGAUGUAAUUUACUAUUUAUUUGUUACUGAACUUUUUUAAAAUAAUUUUUAUGUUAUUAAAUGCAUUACAUUAAACUUUGAACGUAUUAUAUUGUGAAUGCAUUUGUACAUUUGUUUUAUAUGUGAGGCUAAUUCUUGGUGAACAUACACAACACCAAAGAUAUGUGUUAUUAUUCCUGAUUAUGUAUUAGAUUCCCACCUCUUCACUUUAUAAAUAUGAAAUCAAAUUUGAUUGGUUUAUGAAUGUUGUACGAUCAGUGUUACAUCUAACAUACAUGUACAUUCUUUUUGGGAAUGAUAUUGUUGAUUACUUUUGUAUUUCCAUCUUUAGAUACUACUGUUGUUUUUUAAUACAAUUUUUGCCCAGUACAGCAAACUUAUGUUUCCUAUUGAAGUUUGUUUAUCUUAAAAUGAAAGUGCAUGAGCAGGUCACUUGCAAAUUUAUUUACAAAGAUAUUUAUUUAGAAUUUAAUAUUUUCUAACAAUACAAUUAUUGAAAUGUAUUUUUGAAAAAUAAUACAAAACUAAAAAUACAAAAGACAAA